AUGGCAGGUGGCGGGGGCCUUCUGAGCGGCCUCCAUGCCCAGCUCCAGGGCAGCGGAGGAGGCCUCUUUGGAGGUGGGAGUAGCAGCAGCAGCCCUUUCGCUGGAGGCGCCAAGGGUGGGCUCUUCGGAGGUGGCGCCAGUGCGGAGGCGGCUUCGGGUGGUGGACUGCUCGGCGCUCUGAGUAGCGGCGCCAGCGGUUCCGGCUUGUCUGGGGCUUUCGGCGCAGGAGCAUCCAGCGGAUGGGGCCUGGGUGCAGGCGGCUCGGGCGGAGGGCUCUCGGGUCUCUUCGGCGGUGGCGGCAGCAGCAGCGCUCCUGCCGCUCCUGCCUGGGGGCUGGGGGCAGGCUCGGGCUCGGGUCUCUCGGGCGCCUUCGGUGGAGGCGCGCCAGCCUCUGCUGGGUGGGGCCUCGGGGCAGGAGCGUCCGCGGGCUCGGGCCUGUCCGGAGCAUUCGGCGGCGGUGCGGCGGGCGGUGCCUCCUCCGGCUCCGGUUUGUUUGGAGGAGGGUCCUCCAGCUCCACGGCAUCGCCGUUCGGAGGGGGCUCUUCCAGCUCCGGGUUGUUUGCCUCAGGAGGCUCAAGCUCGAGCAGUGCGCCCUUGGGCAGUGCGUCGAGUGGUUCCGAGCUUCUCGGCGCUGGCGCCAACGGCUCGGGCUUGUUCGGCACUCUCAGUGCAUCUGCAUCUGCUGCCGGUGGGCUGUCGGGAAUCCUUGCUGGCUCGGAGCCAGGUCCCGAGCCUUUCCAAGGCUCCCAAGCGGCAGCCAGUGCCAGCGCCAGCGCUGGAGCAGCUGGAGCUGUGGCGAAGAGCGCUGCUAAGGCUGCCACGGCACCCCCGAAGAGUGGCCCGGCCACAGGCACAGAUCGUCCGCCCGUUGUCGCGGUGCAGGCACCUCGGCUGACGGACGAGGAGCAGAAGCUCGUCGAUGAGCUUUUUCGGAAUUGGGAAGGCCGAAUAAGCCAGCAUGCCAAGUCCGUGAAGGCGGCCUCCACGGCUGCUCUCGAGAUGGAGAGGGAGUACACCGACCUCCACGAGAAGGUCCAGGUACUCAAGGAGGAGCGCGAAGACCUGAUGCGAAAGCAGGAAGGCGCCCAGGGGUCGAUGCAGCUGAUACGGGAGCAGCAGGACCUUCUGGCGAAGCUCCUAGAGCAGCUGGAGACGCAGUUGGACCUGGGCUCGACAUUGAAAACCCCGCGGAGUACCAUCAGGCUGGAGGAUCGUGCUGCGGCCUUGGAGAGCCAGCUCGGGGACCUCACGCAGCAGGUUAGGGAGCUCGCGGAUGCGACCGUCGCUUUCGAGGCCGAAGGCGGCGGUGAUCCCCUCGAUCAGGUUGCUCACCUCUUGGCAGCUCACUCCAGUGAACUCGAUGCCGUGCAGGAACGACUCGAUGCCACGGAGAAGAAGCUGAAGAUCGUCGAGGCACAGUGUGUGCUGUGCCGUACAUGGCAGUAUGAGGAUGCAGGUUUGCAGUUUGCAGCAGCGAUAGUGGCAGCCUGUUAUGCCCUGGGAAGGGCCAGCAGCAACCAGAAGGUUAAGUCCGCCUUGUUUGCGGAUUUCAAUCCGUUUUGCUUCGCCUGUGUCCCGCCCAAGCGGGAGUUGAAGACGCAGCUGGAGCCCGGACUCCUUCGUGGGGUGCCGCUCGAUGUAGCGCUGGCCGGCUGGGGCAGGCACUGGGAGACUCCGGACAGCGGCAUGUUCAAUGUGGACCCAAAGAGCUACGAGCUGAGCCGAGCGACCGAAUCACUGGAUGUCUUCCUCAGCCAUGAUUGGGCCUCGAGCGGAACGCUCAAGUUCCUGUCGCUGCUCAUCAUGUACAACUCACGUGCCGCCUUCCUGGCCUGCCUUACUGUCAGCAUUUUGGUGGGAGUGCUGCGUGGCUACGGGGUGCUGCCCAACGAGGGCUGGACCGUGGUGCUUGGCCACGCCACCUUCCUCCUCGUCUUCGCCUUCUGGCAGCGCCUAAGACGGAGCCGUCGACCCUUCCUGGUUUUCCUGGACAAGCUCUGCGUCGCGCAGCACGACGAGGAGCUGAAGCAGAAAGGCAUCAAAGGCCUCGCUGCCUUUCUGCUGAGCAGUCGGCAGCUCGUGGUUCUCCUGACGCCACGGUAUUUUACGCGUCUCUGGUGCACGCUGGAAAUCGCUACCUUCAUGAAAGACCCCGAGCGGCGGAAGCGCAUCCAGUUCAUGCCCUUGAAGACGGCAGUGCUGCUGCUUCUGAGCGCUGGAUGUUGGUUUGCUCUGGCCAUCGGCUGGAAUGUAUUUGCUGGAGUCGUCAACGAUGAUAGACAAGUAUGGCGCAAUUCACUGAUUUUGACGGGAUUGAUGCUCCUUCUCACAAGUGUUGUGCUGCCCUUCGUGUUCUACUUGGGCAUGGGAAUCGUCGCGGACCUGGAAGAAAUGCCUCGCCAACUAGCCGGCUUCAACGCGAAGGAUGCAGAGUGCUUCUGCUGCUCGAAUGGCCACCGGCAUCUACACGACGGAUCCAAGCUGCCAUGCGACCGGCUGCUGGUUUACAACACUCUGAAGCAGUGGUAUGGGCAGGAAGGUGAGGUUGACCACUUGGAAAGAUUCAGCAGACAGGUUCGUGAGGAGCUAGCUCCCAGCAUAGCGCUGCUCAUUGGCGGCAUGACAUUGCCGCUCAACUACGCGGUAUAUAUGGUCGGUGCAAGCUUCUUGCCUUACCUCGCAGAUCAUGUCGCACAGUGGAUCGCAAGUGUGCAUGCAGGGAUCUCCGGCUAUGCUCUUUUCGCUCUGACUCUGCGGAAGCUCGUUGACUGGGGGACCGCGCCCCUGGCCAGCAUGUUAGCUUCGUGGAUGUGCCUUCCUAUGUGGAAAACGGGUCUGUGGCUGAAGAACCGCUGGUGUGCUGCCAUAGUGGCGGAUAUCAUCAUCUUCGUUCUCGUGGCCGUGGUGUGGGCUCCUUUGCAAUACCUUCUUGCUUCGACUGCAGAGGAUUCCCUUCUCCCCGUGGCCGCUUUUUUCGCCUGGUUCACCUUGGUCUUGGCUCUCUUCUCCUGCGGGCAGACGGCGCUGCUCUGGGCCAUGCAAACGACAGUGCGAGCCAAUGCCACUGUCGUGGACGUCCGAGUGGCAGGGACGUCGGUGAAGGUCGAAGACCUUGGCCAAGAGGCGGCCUUAAAAGAAGAUCUGACGACAGCCAUCAAGUGUCCACCUUCGGAAGAGACCUUCCACGUCUAG